AUGAACCGGGCAUCGAAGAUUCUAUGGAUGGCGACUCUCUCUCGAGCAGCUGCAGAAGAUGGUCAAGACUCUAUGAGAAAACUUGCUCUUUUGCCGUUGACCUUCUUAUCACUCAGUGGAAACACUUCCUAUCUGGCCUCUAUUUUGGCGUCGGCAGUGGGGUUCUUGGAGGGCUAUAGUGUGUCAGAUUUGGAGGCAGAUAUAAAUUUUGUCAAAACCCCAUCCGGCGACUUUGUUGCACAUACACAGCUCAAACUUGUUCCCUACACGCGUUGGAGAGCACCUACGUUAGUAUCCUCUACACCAGUAGUUGAUACAUUACCUUCAUCAAGCACGAAGACUCUCGUCGCGUCACAUCACCUGUCUAUCUCUCAUGUCAUUGCCGACGAGGUGCCGCAUACUUUUUCAGCAGAGGAAGUGUCACAGCUGCAACGUUUCAAAGACAGUUUCAAGAGUAGCGCUUCUGCGGUCGAUUACGUGGCGAACGACCUGCUUCGCACAACAGACUCUGUGAAGGUAGCCAAAGCGGUGCUGCGUUUUUCAGCGCAGGUCGGCUUAACGAUUCCCCGCUCGACGCUACAAGAGCUUGUACAAAGGUUGAAGCCUGAAGAAGCCUUCUUCGCCAGCCGCAUAUGCCAGGAGUUCGCAUUUGAGGUGAAUCUUGAAAGACUCCACCGGAGCAGCCUUAUCUGCUCUCAGAGGAUACUGCAUCUCGUAGAUUCGCCACGCAGGAGACGGGAGGAGAGUAAACUAGAGCGGCUCCGGCGCACCACCUCUCCAAGAUGA